AGUGAAGCUGGCAACAUUUACCUACCCAAACGUCAAACUGUCAACACCGUCAACACGACGUUAAAAAAAAUGAAGUUUGGCGACUUACAUUAAAAUUUAAUUCGAUUAAUAUUAACAAGUUCUUGUCGAAUUGUAAAUAAAAAUGUCACUAAAAAUAGUUCAACCUAUCGCUGAGUGCAUCCAGGAGGUUAUUUCACGCAGUAUUUGUUUGUAAACGUGUUCUUAUUUUCACACCGAUAUAAAUAAUAAAAAAUGGAAACUACUGUAUCAAGGAACUUUGCUAACGUACUCAGUACCCUGACCAUUCUGUCAUGCCUGUUCCUGAAGGUGCCACAAAUAUGCUACAUACGGCAGAAGCGAUCCGCAGAAGGGAUCUUUGUCCAAGCCUUGCUUAUGGAGAUAUUUGGAUUCUCAAUAAUGACACUAUACAAUUACACAAACGACUACGGAAUAAUGACAUACAUGGAGUACCCAAUAAUAUUGCUGCAAGUAUACGUCAUGUUCUACUAUGUGCUGAAGUUUAAGAGAAUGCUAUGUAUGUCGAUAGUACCAAUCACCACCAUAGCAUACGUCUCUGCAGUUGCUGCGUUCGCGAUGGGCACUUUACCGAAGCAUAUACUGUCUUAUUUAGUGCCUCUCUGCACUCCACUGAGCGGGUUCGCGAAGGUGACUUACAUAUACGGGAUCGUGUGUGAAGGGAAUGCUGAUGCAGUAUCGCUGACCACGUGGGUCAUUUCUGUGGCUACUAACUUGGCCCGCAUAUUCACAGUCUACGUGGAUUCUGCAGACAUGAAGCUCAUGACGAACUUCUUCAUAUCAACACUGCUGAGCUUAGCAGUUCUCUGCACUGCUGUCUAUUACAAAAGGCAAUGCUGCCCGCCGCGCCGUCAGCGAAGGAAGUCCAAUGGUCAUUGCAGUCAUUGCGAUUAAAAUAAUUUUACCCACACGUAGGUAGGUAUGUAUCAAAUGCAUGCAUAAUCAUGAAAAUAAUGUAUUGAAGACCGUGGAGGUAGGUUCGAUGCGUAGUCAAAUCACGAUAUGAUUUUUGUGUACAUCUAAUGCGAUACCGCGAGAAAAUCCGCUUAUUUACUAAAUUAUCUCAAUUGGAUGUCAAGCCCAGGUGCGGGAAAUUCGAAUGUAGAAAAAUUUUGUUUGAUGUCUUUGUUUAACUUUGAAAGUUCUUUCAAUUCAAAUGUUUCUAGAUUUAUUAUAUUUUUUGCAUUAACCAGUUUAUACAAAACAUUUUAGUUGAAACAACUUUCUUAAGUACAGAAUUAUCGCUUAUAAUAAGAUCAGGCUUCGUAUCUGACAUCAACUUACGUUAAAUAAAAAAAGAAAUGUUUUAUAUCUUUUGCACCUCGUUGUGACAUCCACUCUCAGCCCUAAAUAUUUUUUCAAGUUACGGGUAACAUCCCGGUCCAUCUUUAGUAAAUAAGGGGGUUUUAAGCAUAGUAUCGUAGAUAUACUACGGAUUGCAAUAACCUUUCCACGUUCGAUCGUUGUUUUCGAUUAGAGAUUGAAAGCCACAAUUUAUAUCCAGCUAAUGUCAAAAUUCAAUAUUCAAUCGCAGAACAACGCACUGAUAUAUGUAUUGUAAUCCGCAGCUAGUAUUCAAAGUACACUCUUUGUAAAAAAACACGGGCACUUAUGAGAUUCUUGAGUUUAAGGACUUAAUGUGUGUGUCUAAACUUUACUUAUACAACUUUAUUUAUAUAACUUUAAUUAUUUAUUGGAAUAUGUCGCUAAUAUUUGUAAAACUAGCCAGUCAUGAAUAAGAGCGUAUUCUAAAUUUGUUUUCUUUUUCUUUAUGAUUUGGUAAAAAAGUGGUGUUUGCCACUGGAAGCCGACCCCAACAUAGUUGGGAAAAGGCUCGGAGGAUGGAUGGGUAAAAAAGUGGUGUUUGUGCUAGACUAGUUUCUGGUAGUAAGCUCGUAGGCAUUUUUACAACUUUUAAUAAAGUGGUAAUGCACCUUCUUGUCACCUCAAAACAUAUUUGAAAAAUAAUGCGCAGUUGGUUAAAAAAUCACUUGGAGUAAAUUGUAUAAUCUGAUCAGUAAGAGCAUCGCUACGCUUGGUGCGAAUGAUUCUACCGUUGUACUAUUGCGCCCAGGAAUUUAAAAUAUGCUUCUGUUAUAAAUAAGCAUUAUUUAAUAAAUUCCGGUACUUUGGCUUUUUGGGCUGAGAUAAAACUAAGUACCUAUUAAGUUCGCGAUACUACCCAACAAACAACUCGCUACCUCAUCAUCCUAAUCUUAUCCCAACUUUAUUUUGGGUCAACGCAGCAUGUUCUCCUUACAUACUCUUUUGUCUGGCAUCAUCUCACAUACUAACAUUAUAUUUUUUAGCUUAGCCAUAUCGACUUUCAGAUUCAUUAAAUUGAAGGAUAUUUGAAUACUCGUGGGUACAAUAUCUGACCAGUAAAACUCUUAACAUUGCCAUCAAUGUCUGCAUAAACCAUUUUAUCAAACGUGUUUUUAUGUGACAGAAAGGAACACAUAAAUCAGUCUAAAACUGCAUCAUAAUAUGCUUUCUGAAAAUUACAUCGAAAACUUUCCGAAACGCCGACGGAUUUUCUACCAGGAAUUACUCCAGCACAAGGUUGAACCAUUUUCAAACUUAGAAUACGUUCUUACGCAUGUCAUUCAAACCCUUGUAAACGCUAGAAAUAUUUUCCAGUUCUUCCCGAAGUUCAUAAGUCCUUAAAAUCAAGAUUCUCAAAUGUGUCCGUUUUUUGCGCAAGAAAAUAUAUGUAAUGCAAAAAAAGACAUAACAUCUCGUAAGAUGCCUGCCUCUUAAAGUAAUAGUCAUUCUUUUUUUAAGCUCUUCUUUCUUUUUGAAAAUCUAGUAAAGCCUUUGAGUAGGUUUCCUGUGAAAACAAUGCAAUUCUUAUGAAUAAAUUCUCAUUAAUGUUUAUUAUUUUAAAAACAACUGACAGAAAAGCCACCUAAGUAGGUGGUUUUUGUUAAGUUUCGUAGUUGUUUAAAGAACCAUUCCUAUACUUUAAAACUUAUGUCGUGUAUAUUAGUCAGUAAUGCGAUUUUUUCAAUAUUAUACAUUGCAAAGUUCACACAGAUACAGCAUUAACACUGUUAAAAGUUAUACGGUGUUCAAAAAGAGAGUACAAAAUUAUUUAUUUUUGGGAAAGAACAUUUAAUCUGCCGUAUUGAAAAUGGUUCAGGUUUUAUGAGGUCGUUUUCGGCCGGCAAUUGUAUUUGUAAAAGGCAGCUAAAUAACACCAUGAUGAAUAUGUUACGGCGAUUAUGAAUAGCAAAAGGUAUCAAAAACAAAACAACUUUUGUGAUAUCCUAGUAGCCAACCGUAGCGAUUUCCUGUUUAAUUCCGUAUACAUUUUAUAAGUUUCCGUAUAAGUUAUAUUCAUCGUUUGUAUAGUUUCAAGUUUCUAAACUGUGCCAUAUUAGCUAAAAUGCAAUAUCAUUUUUUUGUCUACCAUUGCGGUUAUUUGAAUCUCAGCAUAAUAUCGAUAUUAGGUUCUUUAUAUAAUUAGAAUUGGUUAAAAUUGUUAGCUUAAAUACACUAGAGCUCUUUGAGAAUGUUUGUAAUUUUAGGCACACUUCAAUACUCUCUUGCAACACUUUGGAAUUCAAGUAUUUACUGUUUUCUCACUAUGAUAGAUAAUAGAAUAUUGUAUGCACUUCUUGACUGGUGAAUGCUUUGACUGGUAGAAACCUGAAUCUGGUAGAAGACUGGUGGAAAACUGGUUUGAAGUAUUCACCUUAAUGUAGUCACUAGUAGAGGCUUAGAAGCGUUAUAUAAUAAAAUACUCUAAUAUAAUUAUAAUAAAAAAAAGGAAUUGAUAGAACGUUAGAACUCAUCGCACAAGUACUGCCUAGUUAAUUAUAGCACUUGGUCAAACAUAGACAGAGCAUAUAAGCGUUAAAAUUGUUUAUAAAACCGUUUAGGUAAUUGUUAUAGAAGAGCUGUCUAUAUUUUAAGUAGUCUGUAUAACGUUCCUUGUGCAUGCACUCAUUCCCUAUAAUUUAUAUUCACGAAAUUUGUGAAAUUAUAAAAAUGAUCGAUGAUUUUUAAUAUUAAUGCAUGCGCACCUAUAUUUUACUGUGUACUAAUAAUAUUGUUGUAUGUAAAUAAGAGGAAAAAUUACAAAGUCAAAAAAAUAUGCACUUGUUUAUAUUAUAAUUAUGAAUAUUUUAAUGUAGCAAAUAAAUAUAGCUGUUAUUUACACAAUUUUUGCAGUCUGAAGUUACAGUAAUUUAUACAUUACCCACAUGUUGUAAAAUAUGCAAAUAGUUAGGGUCCGUAUUGAUCCAAAUAUUUAUGCAAUUUUUAUACUUUAUACCCACAUUUUGGCUUAGCAUAAUGCCGAAAUGCAUAAAAAUAUUUUAUUAGAAAUAUAUUUGGAAUCCCAAGUUAAGAAAAAAAUUCGUUCAGAUCGGCACAUAAAGAUAGAAAAAACAGUGAAAGAAAGUCGAAAACAUCUUUCGACUUCUGGCAUUUCAACUUAGUAUUUUCUUACAUUUGAUUCUGUUAUAUACACUGUAUUCCAUAUUUUUAGUGUGUACGCUCUAUUUUUAAGUGUUGUAUAUCCUAUCAGUAUCAAUCCAUCAAAAUCAAUCGUUAAUUAUGGUUAAUAUAAUUCUUACAAGGAAUCUAUAAAUUCAACUUUCGCUUUCUGCAAUGCAUCUGGGGCCCGAUUCUCCUAAUUUUACUUAAGCGCCAUUCGAUUGACGUUCGACUCGAUUCGACUGAGAUCCAAUCCCGACUCGAUUACGAUCGAAGCGUAUGUGGCAUUCCGCUAUUUUUUCUUUGAAAUAAACUUUUUUAUCCUUUUCUGUCAUUCAAUAAUGAAUCAUUUUGUCUGCAAAUGAUUUACGAUUGCAAAAUGAUUGUACAGCAAACUACCGUAUAGACCAAAAUCACCAAAAUAGCAGACCAAUCGCACACCAAUCAAAUGUCAAUCGAAUACGAUUGGUCUUUUAUUAGUAGCAGAAUGCCCGAUAUGGUUAAAACUGCUAUUGCAAUCAUAUUGCGAUUCGAUUUCUAUUAGAUUUUGACAUUAUUAACUUAGGAGAAUCGGGCCCCUGCUUUUCGAUGAUUCUAGAACAAUGCUAGCUAAGUAAUUAUAUCGCCAAUGCAUGUAAAAUGCCUUCAGCUUUUAGCUUCAGCAUAUAGAGUGCCUAGAUAACUUAAUAAAAAUUUCAAGCUAAGAUAAAUCUGCACUAGUAAAAAUUAGACAAUGCACACUUCUUUCUAUAUUCUAGUCAAAUCAAUUAUUGACAUUGAUAAAUAUUUCGUCUAAGACAAAAAUGUGUUAAAACUUAAAAAUUAUUCUCCCUAGAAUAUAUAAUGUUUGACUUUAUUAUGUUUAAUCGUUAUAUAUCCUUUUGAGUCGUGAAUAUUAGAUAUUUCAAUUUAUUCGUUCACUAUUAAAGGGGCGCACUAAUUUAUUUACUAAACUUUGUGAAAUUGUUGACUAUUAGCCUGUACCCUAUAUUUAAAUGUACUUUUUAUUCUCUGAAUAUUCAUAGCUCUGAGGGAUUGGUACACAAAUUGUAUAAGAACACCAAGAAAUAUUCUCUAAAGGUGUCACUGGUAUCUAAUAUUCGACAUUAGCGUAAAAAGACACUAAUUAAUUUAUUUUCUGUGAAUACGUAUUUAUUAAUUCUCGUUUAUAUUUAAUUCUUACUAAGACUUUUCUGUAAAUUAUACAUAUGCUAUCUAGCAUACUUUGAAAUAUAAAAUGUAUUUAUUUCUACAAAGUAUUUGGUGCCAUUUAUUUUUAUAAAAUGACUUUUUAUCAUGUUGAAUAUAGUUAAGUGCCAAAAUAAUGGUCCUAGCCGAUUUUAUUUUUAUCAAUAUUAAUUAUGUCCCAGAUGUUAUUUCAAAUAAAUUAUAUUGAACAACA